AUGAGUUAUUUUUCUGGACUAAUUCAGAGACCCCUUGUGGCUGCUGCCGCUGUUGCGGUUGCUUCUUUCUCUACUGAUGCGUCUGAUAAAUUUUCAUUCUUUGGAUCGUCCCGUGAUGAUUGUUCCACUUCCAAUUUGGAAUGUUCUUCUAGUUUUACCUCUUUGCAGGAAUCACAUUCUUUGUUUGCUUCUAGUGUUUCUGAUUCAAAACUUGCUGAGUUUUAUUUUGUGAACAAAAUCCGGGUUCCGGUUCCUAAUGUCAAGUUUCGGGUUCCGGUUUCGGGGUCGAAUUUUUAUAAUUCUUCAGUUGCUUUGUCACCGGGUUCAUUGCCGGUUGUUCAGAGUUUGUAUCGUUCGGCUGAAUUGACUAGGUUUUCACGGUCGUCGUUGUCUGGUUGUUCGAAUGGUGUUUCGGAUUCAACUGAGUUUCUGUAUAAAUGGCAUUUGCCUGAACCCAAUACUAUUGGUGGUUUAUCUGGGAAAUCGAAGACAGUGGUGGUUUUGCUUGGAUGGUUAGGUGCAAAGCAGAAACAUUUAAAGAAGUAUGCAGAAUGGUAUACUUCUAAAGGAUAUCAUGUCAUUACCUUUACGUUUCCGAUGGCGGAGGUAAUGAGUUAUCAUCCUGGAGGAAAAGCGGAGCAAAACGUUCACAUGCUUGUGGAUCACUUGGCUGAUUGGUUAGAAGAGGAGAAUGAAAAGAAUCUUGUAUUUCAUACUUUCAGCAACACUGGAUGGUUAACGUAUGGUGUUAUUUUAGAAUGGUUUCAAAAGCAAGACCCUUCUUUGAUGGAAAAGAUUAGAGGCUGCAUUGUAGAUUCUGCACCAGUUGCGAAUCCUGAUCCACAGGUCUGGGCCUCGGGUUUCUCUGCAGCAUUUCUCAAGAAGAAUAGCAUAGCUACAAAAGGACGUGUAUCCACGGACGAGUCUGGCAUUAAAGUAUCAAUCAGCAGCAAUGAAGAUUUAGGACUAAAACCUGCACCAACAGAAGCAGCUUUGCUGUUAAUACUAAAGAAAUUGUUCGAGGUCGUUCUGCAUCUCCCUGCAGUGAAUAGGAGGCUCUCUGAUGUUUUGAGCAUGCUAUCUACAAAGCAACCAGGUUGUCCACAACUGUACAUGUAUAGCUCUGCAGACAGAGUUAUUCCUGCCGAUUCAGUGGAGUCGUUUGUCGAUGCACAGCGUAAGGCUGGACAUGAUGUGAGGGCUUGCAAUUUUGUCUCAUCACCCCAUGUUGACCACUUUCGAAAUGACCCGAAAUUGUAUACUUCUCAGCUCAAUCAGUUUUUAGAGGAGUGUGUUGCUGACCAUUGUGAAACUCACUAA